AUGGGACUCAAGACCGAGAAAUACUCUACCUUUUCAGUUCCUGAGUUUGCCCUCGAUAAGACCUAUGUGUACAAGUAUGAGGCUCUACUCUUGGGCGGUCUUCCUCAUGAAGGUCUGGCCAGAGCGGGUAUAAAAGUCAGCAGCAAGGUUCUCCUCAGUGCCGUGACUGAGCACACCUUCCUGAUGAAGCUCAUGGAUCCUCUGCUCCAUGAGUAUGCUGGCAUUUGGCCCAAGGAUCCAUUUGUGCCUGCAACUAAGCUCACCUCAGCACUGGCUGCUCAGCUUCAGAUUCCCAUCAAGUUUGAGUACGCUAAUGGUGUGGUUGGAAAGGUAUUUGCCCCUGCAGGAGUCUCCCCUACAGUCAUGAACUUGCACAGAGGUAUCCUCAACAUCCUUCAGCUCAACCUCAAGAAGACCCAGAACAUCUAUGAGCUGCAAGAGGCUGGAGUUCAGGGAGUGUGCAGGACCCACUAUGUCAUCAAUGAGGAUCCAAAGGCCAACCACAUUAUUGUCACCAAGUCUAAGGAUCUGAGCCACUGCCAGGAGAGAAUCAUAAAGGACAUUGGCUUGGCAUACACUGAGAGGUGUGCUGAAUGCACAGAGAGGGUCAAGAGUCUGAUUGAAACUGCAACUUACAACUACAUCAUGAAACCAGCUGCCGCCGGAGUACUAAUCGCUGAGGCAACAGUUGAAGAAGUGCAUCAUUUUUCACCCUUAAAUGAGAUCCAUGGUGCGGCAAUGAUGGAAGCAAAACAAACUUUGGCUUUUGUUGAGAUUGAGAAGACCCCUGUUGUUCCAAUCAAAGCUGAUUACUUGGCCCGUGGAUCCCUGCAGUAUGAAUUUGCAACUGAGAUUCUUCAGACUCCCAUUCAACUCAUGAAGAUCAGUGAUGCCCCAGCCCAGAUUAUCGAGGUCCUAAAGCACCUUGUUGCAAACAAUGUGGACAUGGUCCAUGAAGACGCUCCACUUAAGUUUGUUCAGCUCAUCCAGCUUCUGCGUGUUGCCACCUUAGAAAACAUCGAGGCUAUCUGGGCUCAGUUCAAGGACAAACCAGUUUACAGGCGCUGGAUUCUGGAUGCUCUUCCUGCUGUUGGCACACCAGUCAUUGUAAAAUUAUUCAAGGAGAAGUUCCUGGGUGGCGAACUUACCAUUCCAGAGUUCAUUCAAGCUCUUGUGGUUGCUCUGCAAAUGGUCACUGCUGAUCUGGAAACCAUCCAAUUGACGGCUAGUUUGGCUUUGCAUGAGAAAAUCGCCACAAUCCCAGCUCUGCGUGAAGUCGUAAUGCUCGGAUAUGGUUCCAUGAUUGCCAAGCACUGUGUUGCAGUUCCCACUUGCCCUGCUGAGCUCCUCAGGCCCAUCCAUGAGAUUGCUGCAGAGGCAACUUCUAAGAAUAACAUUCCUGAAAUCACUUUGGCUCUUAAAGUUCUCGGCAAUGCUGGUCAUCCUGCUAGUCUUAAACCCAUCAUGAAGCUCCUACCUGGACUGAGAACUGCAGCUACUUCUCUGCCCCUUAGGAUACAGGUUGAUGCCAUCUUGGCCCUGAGGAACAUUGCCAAGAAAGAGCCCAAACUUGUUCAGCCAGUGGCCCUACAGCUUGUAUUGGACAGAGCUCUCCACCCAGAAGUGCGCAUGGUUGCUUGUAUUGUGUUGUUUGAGACCAAGCCAUCAGUGGCUCUCAUCUCCAGUCUUGCUGGUGCUUUGAAGCUUGAAACUAAUAUGCAUGUUGCGAGCUUCGCCUAUUCUCAUAUCAAGUCCUUGACCAGAAUCACUGCUCCUGAUAUGGCAGCUGUUGCUGGUGCAGCUAAUGUUGCCAUCAAGCUCAUGAGCCCCAAGCUGGACAGGCUUAGCUUCCGUUUCAGCAGAGCCCUUCAGCUGGACUUCUAUCAUAUGCAUUUUGCCUCUGUUAGCUCAAGCUCCUCCAUGUCCAGCUCUCGUAUGACUGAGACUGCCACCAUCAUGGAGCCUUUCAGGAAAUUCCACAAAGAUCGAUACAUGGCACCCCAUGGCGCCUCAAAGGCAGUUAGCAGUGGAAGCACUGCAUCUAGCUUUGAGAAAAUCCAGAAACAGGCCAAGUUCCUCGGAAAUGCUGUUCCACCUGUUUUUGCUGUGAUUGCCCGUGCUGUGAGAGUUGACCACAAACUGCUGGGCUACCAGCUUGCUGCUUACUUUGACAAGCCAAAUGCAAGAGUGCAGCUUGUCGUUUCCUCCAUUGCUGAAAAUGACAACCUGAAGAUCUGUGCUGACGGUGCCGUGUUGAGCAAGCACAAAGUCACCGCCAGGGUUGCUUGGGGUCCAGAGUGCCAACAGUAUGCAGUCAUUGCUAAAGCUGAGGCUGGUGUACUGGGCGAAUUCCCUGCUGCACGUCUAGAGGCCAAGUUCCUCGGAAAUGCUGUUCCACCUGUUUUUGCUGUGAUUGCCCGUGCUGUGAGAGUUGACCACAAACUGCUGGGCUACCAGCUUGCUGCUUACUUUGACAAGCCAAAUGCAAGAGUGCAGCUUGUCGUUUCCUCCAUUGCUGAAAAUGACAACCUGAAGAUCUGUGCUGACGUACAAGUCAAUCCAGACGGAACCCUUUCCAUUCAAAUCGAUGAGGACAUUCUCUCUUGGAUCCAAAAACAUAUCAAGGAAGAAUAAGACAUUACAUUUGACAUUUUCAGAAGAGAAUGGGAGCUGUGUUCAUGGGGAACUCCUUGACAGUUUAAUUGAAUACAUUAUCGCUGUUGUCAUGUACAGUAUGUAAUGUAAUGCAGUCUAAUGCUAAUAAAUAUUGUGAAAUUGA